UGUUUGGGUCAAUCGCCGUCCAACCAAAAAUCUGAGAGAAUUGAUAGACGUUGAUUCCAACCAAUGAGAAGUGACAGCGAGUGACAGAUAUAUCACCCAGUCCAGUUUGCGCUCCCACGACACAACUCUGCGAAGCCCAGACGACACAAAAGGCGUGUCUGAAAAAACAUCUGGACCAAUAGUGGAAAAAAGAAGGCGGAGUCGGCUGAUUCGCCGAAAAGGGGGAGAGAUCGCACGGCAGAGAGGUCUUUUCGGGUUUUGGGUUGGGAAAGUUAGGAUGCACCACACGCCUAUUUGAUUGAAACACAGAGCGAAGGCAAAGAUGGGUUUACUGUGAACAAACAGAAGGAAUUGGGGGUUCGGAGAGGACAUUAUUUGUGCUGUUGACAAAAUUAAAAAUAAAGACAAGGAACAAGGAACUGCGAAGAAAAUAAAUUAGGCCACAAAUUAAGCUAGUCCUUGUCUUUUUGUUUUUUUGUUUUUUUUAUUUUUUUGGAACGCAACCCGAAGACAGAGGAGAAACUACCAACUAGCCUACAGCCUCCAGUCCCCAGGAGAGAGAAAGAAAGACAGUAUAGGCUACUGGCUACAGACACUGAAAAGAAAGGACCCUUACAUCGCCGUGGCCCGCAAGAUAGACAGCAAGAGGCGACAAAGGGGAAAGGAAUCCCCCAACUCCGAACAAGCAGGUUGCCAAGGCAACAGGGCCGUGAGGCAGCGGCGCGUCCUGAGAGGGGGGGUUGGUGCCGAUGUGAGCCCCGGAGCCCCCACACGCCCCGACGCUGAGACCCCACGAUCACCCGCCGUCUCGCUGGGGCUCCACACUCACACACUAUCACCCGCCGCCACCACCACACACACAUGUGCAUCUAACAGACCUUGAAAAGAACAACAGAUCACCUGAGAGCGAGAAAGAGAGAGAGAGGAAGAGAUGCUCUGAUCAAAGACAAACACCGACUGGACACACACACAUGCACACACACACACACACGUACAUAUACACCCUCACAGACACACACUCUCAACCUAACACCGUCAAACUGUAACAGAUCCUCCCCCCGGUGUCCUGUCUCUGAGCGAGUCGAGUGAUGAGCGGCGAGCGCGUGCACAGCGUCAACCUGCACAACUUCAGCUCGUCCGUGCUGGAAACCCUCAAUGAGCAGCGCCAGAGGGGACACUUCUGUGACGUCACCGUCCGCAUCCAUGGCAGCAUGCUCCGCGCACACCGCUGUGUGCUGGCCGCAGGCAGCCCCUUCUUCCAGGACAAGCUGCUUCUGGGCUACAGUGACAUCGAGAUCCCGGCGGUGGUGUCGGUCCAGUCUGUGCAGAAGCUCAUCGACUUCAUGUACAGCGGCGUCCUGCGCGUGGCCCAGUCCGAGGCGCUCCAGAUCCUCACAGCUGCCAGCAUCCUGCAGAUCAAGCGCGUCAUCGAUGAGUGCACGCGCAUUAUGGCCGGCACGCCAGGUGGCUUCGGGACGACCUCGGGCUCCACCGGGCACGGCGGCGACUCGUGCCAGGAGACCACGCCGCGCGGCACGCCUGAGUCGGGCACGUCGGGCCCCAGCAGCGACGCGGAGAGCGGCUACAUGAUCGCGGCGCAGCAGCAGCACAGCCUGGAGCGCGUCUACACCUCGCUCUACUCCGGCCUGAGCGUCCAGAACGGCAAGGACAGCGGCGGCGGGCAUCACCAGGGUUACCUGCACACGGGUGGCGGCGGUGUGGGAGUGGGCACCCAGGGCCAGGAGCCCGCCUGGAUCGCACGCAUCCACGAGAGGUCGCAGCAGGCUGUGGAGCGCUACCUCAGUACCACGCCGGAGAGCUCCGGCCACUGCCGCAAGCAGCCUCGCCCCGUCAGGCUGCACCCGGGGGGGCUGCACAUUAAGCAGGAGUCGGAGGAUGACUACAGCAGCUACAUGUCCUACUCGUCGUCUGGGGGCGGGGGCCUGGGUGGCGGGGACGAGGGCUCCGAGAGCGAGCCCAAGGGCGAGAGCUUCGACUCGGGCGUCAGCUCCUCGGUGGGCACCGAGCCGGACUCCGCCGAGCAUCCCCACCAGCAACAUCAGUUCCUGUUCGGGGGCCGGGAGGAGGCCUCGUCAGAUGCGGGACGCCCCUCCCCCACCCACCACGGCCCUCCCUCCUCCCUCUCUAUGGCGCGCAUCGAGGUCAGCGAUUCGUCGCCGGAGCGGACGCUCCACGAGUCGGACGGCCCUCUCGGGUCGGGGUCACUGGCGUCCGGCGCCAGCCCCGUGGAGACGCUGAUCCCGCAGUCGCCGGGGGCAACGAUGCCCUCGGCCCAGCUGUACCUGCGGCAGGCGUGCGAGAGCCCUGCCGGCGGUCUGCGGCUGCCCCUCACGCUCACCAGCAACAGCCCGGUCAUGGGCACCGCCGGCAAUGCCUACGUGCCGGCCAUCUUCGCCGCUCAGCCCUCCAGCGCCUCCAAGCCUUUCCUCUUCAGCCUGCCCCAGUCCAUGGGCUCCGGCGGGGGCGCGGGAGGGCAGUUUGUCACCGUACCCCCCGCGCCCCCCACCCACGGCCCGCCGGGGUUGUCCCCGUUCCCGGGGGGAGGGGGUGGCCAGCCCGGGGGUGCCGGGGGGGUGGCCGGGCAACAGGGAGAGAAGAAGCCGUACGAGUGCACGCUCUGCAGCAAGACCUUCACCGCCAAGCAGAACUACGUCAAGCACAUGUUUGUGCACACAGGUGAGAAGCCGCACCAGUGCAGCAUCUGCUGGCGCUCUUUCUCUCUGAAAGACUACCUGAUCAAGCACAUGGUCACCCACACCGGAGUGCGCGCCUACCAGUGCUCCAUCUGCAACAAGCGCUUCACGCAGAAGAGUUCCCUCAACGUCCACAUGCGGCUGCACCGCGGGGAGAAGUCCUACGAGUGCUACGUCUGCAAGAAGAAGUUCUCCCACAAGACCCUGCUGGAGCGUCACAUGGCUCUGCACGCCGGCGGCGUUGGCGCAGUGGGCAUGAGCGGAGUAGGCGGCGCCAUCUCCGCUGGCGUGGUGGGGGUCACCAGUGGAAUGCCGGGGUUGGGCACGCCCGGCGUUGGAGUGAUCGGCGUUGGAGGAAUGGGCGGAGCUGGAGGGGGAGGGAGCGUGAGUGUGGUGGGAGGGGCCACUGUGAUGGGCGGAGCCAGUGUGAGUGGCGUGAGCGGCAUCAGUGGAGCAGCAUCGGUUGUAACGGGGACAGGGGGAGGGGCGUCCUCCGUGGCCAUGACCCUCUCCGACCCUGGGGUGUCGGCCCUCGCCGUGGCAUCCGGAGGGCCUGGGUCGGUUGGAGUCGGGACAGCGGUGGGCGUGGUGUCUGAAGGAGCCGCCUCCCACCAGGAGUCAACGACAUACGUCUGCUCCGUCUGUCCUGCCAAGUUCGACCAGAUCGAGAUGUUCAACGACCACAUGCGCAUGCACGUGACGGAUGGCUAAGAAGUCGCGUUUCACCAGCCAAGCAGACAACCAAUCAGAAUCCAGUCAGCCCAUCUACACAACUGAGCAGCAGCAAACCCCAACAGUCAAAGCAACAGCAACAGUGUUCUCAUACAAGCCCAACAUUAUCAGCUUACAGAAGACAACAGUUCAAACCCGGAUGUUUUAACAGAAAAUCAAAGAAAAGAACUUCAGUUUGUUUUGGACGAGUGGAGAUGAAAAAAAAUGAAUGGAGGAUAUAAAAACAUACCUAGAAUGGCACUAGAUUUUUUUUUCUUUCUUUUUAUCUUUUUUAAUUGUCUUAAGAGAUCUUUUUGAAGGCAAUGUUUGAAUAUAUAUAUAUAUAUAUAUAUAUAUAAUAUAUAUAUAUAUAUUAUAUAUUUAUAUAUAUGUUGUUAGCACAUGUAUGCUACUACUGGCACAUUUUUGAAAUAUUUUGUCUUUAUUUUAUGAUGUUUCCCAGAGAAAAAAACAAUGUUUUAUGUGUUUUAUGUUCUCCUUACAAUUUAAUUUUUUCGUGUUAAGAAUUCCUUCAUUGUUGCCUUAAAGGCUGAUGCACAGUAACAUUGGCUGACCAAUCCACUGGUUGGAUUUUGUUGUCAUCGUAGUUACUAGUCGGCCUCUAAACACACCGAUAAAAAAAGGUAAAUAUUUGUUCAUGCUCUGACUGAGCUUAAAAAGGUAAAUAUUUGUUCAUGCUCUAAAUGAGCUUAAAAAUAAGUCCUAUGUUUAUUGCAGAUUUCGUUAUGUGUUAAACACUACCAGAAUCUGGCGGGGGGGAAAAAGAGAAACCUAAGAUACAAAACACCCACACCACACAAGAAGCCAGUUCUGCAAUGCCCUAAAACAGUACAAAGCACUGUAAGUGCAACGUCCACACACACCCAAAGCCAGUUCUGCAAUGCCCUAAAACAGUACAAAGCUGUAAGUGUGACGCCACGUUCAACACCUGUGAAUGUGCCCAGACACACAGAUCGACAGUGUCCAUGAUCUAGUGUCAUAGUAUUAUUGUACAAUACAAUAUUCCCAAAACAUUGCCGUUUUAAAAUUUUGCCGUGUAGAAACAAAAACGGAAUAGCUAAGAAUAUACGUUUGGAAUUAGCAUCCUUCAAAUUUUAUUUGUAGACCGAACUUUGGAUAGCUGAAAAGCAUUCAAACAUUACUGUGGUAUCAUGUUGACACAAUUUUUUAUUACGUUUUUCGACGACACACAAAAAAAAAAAAAUAGUAGAAAAAUAUUGAGACACAGAUAUGCCUUGUUCAUUUUUUCAUCUGUGUGGGGAUUGUAAAACGUGAGAAUUGUCAACACUGGGUUUGUGAUUAUUGACGAUUAUUGUUAUUGUUGUUACGAUAAUAAUAGUUGUUGCUGUUAUUUAUUGAGCGUUUGCUGAUAUGUGGGAAUAUGUGGUAAAAUGGAAAGCAAUGUUGCAGCUGUUGUCAUGACAAUUAUGAUUGUCAUUUUAAAAAAAAAAGUGGUACAAUUCGGCUUGUGUUUGUUAGAUGUUGGAAAACUACAGAAAAGACAAAAAAAAACCGAUUCUUUCACGUAAAAUUGAAAGAAUUAUGCUUUCACAAAAUAUUUUCAUUUUGUUUUUAUGUUUUAAUUUUGACUUAAUUUACAAUUAUUACCAAUAAUUAAGAAUAUUUUAUAGUCACAAAAAGCUUGAAGGUCAACUCUUUCCACAGUGUGUGCUCGUUUUUAUAAAUAUCCAAAGUAAAAAAAAGUGGAAAAAGAUUCUACAUGCUUUAACGCACAUUAUAUUUGAUUGGUUUGACGUUUAGUCCUGCAUCGCACUGCCACAAUAAUCCUUUAGUGCAAAAAACACAACAACACAAAUAAAUAAAUCAUGACUGUUUCUGAAGACCUCUUCCACUGAAACCAUACAUGCACACAGUUAAAUUCCAGAAGUAAACUGAAAUAUUUUCCAGCUUUAACCAAGAAACAUGAACAUCUUUUGAAAAUUGUGUUCAUAUUAAAAAGUUUGAUUAUAAUCAAUAAUAAUAAUACAGUUUUAUUAUUAUUGUUAUUUCAUAAAUAACAAAAAAUUGACAUGAAGUGCGAAGCUAAGCUAAUGCCUGCUUUUAUCAUUUUCUGGCACCUUCUGAAAAAUAAUUUCUUUGUCUUUUAUCCCAAAAUAACUUGAUCAAAGUGAACUUUUUUGUGUUGCACUUAGAAGUAAAGCAGUCGACCACAAAAUAUUUCCACUCUUUAAUUUUUUUGCAAACAUAACUUCUUCUCAACAAGAGAUUUGGUCUGUUAUCAAAUUGUCCUCCAUUAUUAUUUUUUGUUUCAAACACAGAAAAUGAGUAUCAUCACAGGGGUUGGUUGUCCCGAAAGAGCCAUUAAAUAUGGACUGUUUGUAAAAUUAAAUGUCAUUGUCCAUUCAAUUUCCAUGCUGUAUUUCAUUUGCCCCAUGCUCUAGAGAGGCAAUCCUUGUUGGAAUGCUUUAUCUGAACUGCUUAGCGAUCAGGGCGACAUUAACACAUCGGGCCUCUGCCGUACUCCCACCCUACUCCUGUCAUUAGAACAAACCCCCGAUUCAAUCAGUCACCCCUUUCAACAAACCCCCAAUUCAAUCAAUCACCCCUUUCAACAAACCCCCAAUUCAAUCAAUCACCCCUUUCAACAAACCCCCAAUUCAAUCAAUCACCCCUUUCAAAUGUUAAUUAGUCAAGACAUGGACAGCCCACCCCUGUGAAACUAUAUCUUGUCAACUCUUAGAACUCUGCAAUUUUUUUUCUGUCUUUGUAGAUUUGACCAAAAAUGACCAUUUUAUGUCCAAUUUUACUUUGUUUUUGUUGAAUGUAAAACUUGAGAAAUAAUCCCUUUUCCUGCCUAAUAACCAGCGAGAGAGUAGACAGGGCACUGCACCGCCACCCCUCUCUGGUGGGUUUCGUCUGCCCCCAACCCCAACCUUAGACUGUAAUAAGGGAAGAGUCCUGUCUGUUUACAUGACUAUAUGAGACGCCUAGACAAGGCAGUACUGAUUUGGCUCCUAUUUAACAAAUGCACUAUCGCUGCUUGUUCAUUUCUUCCUCUUCAAACUGCUUGACACAGGCUGUCAGAGAUGAAUGUUUGGCAUGCUAUAACAUAUUCCCCCUCCCAUAGCUCCACCACCAAACCCCCAAUGAUUGCAAUUCUCAUGUACGGCUGCCAUUAAAAACAUCAGCCAACAUAACACUCCUGUAUGAGGCCGAUGCACCCCUGAGGAAAAUAAAUAAAAUAAGAUAAAAUUAAAAAACAUUCACAACAGCAACAUACAACAAGACACUGUCAGAUAUGCAAUUUAAAGACCACCUUCAGGAAAUACAGCAGUGUCAGUCAGGCAGAGCAGCUUGAAGUACAGGAAAAGGUUGGCUGGUUUGACUAGUACAUGCAGUAGUAUUUUCAUUUGGGCAAAACUCACAUCACAAACCUUCUAAUUUUUUUCCAGAUGGGUGAUCUUUUCUUGAUUUUUUUUUUUGCAUGCUUAGUGCUAUCCCAGCAAUUCAUGUUUUUGUAUUUAAAGUUUAAAGGUUAGCUUCAUGUAGUGCACUCCUAUCAUUUUUUUGUCCAGUCUUGUCCAAACCUUUAUCAGUAUGCUGAAAUUUAGAUAGUGAAUCAUUAAAAUGUUAAAAAUGCACCUUCAGCAGUUUCAUACAUUCCUAUGUGCAGUUUGGGCAGACUAGCUGAGAGAUGUAUGUUAAGCCUGAUCACCCAAAUGCUCAGAUGGUCUGAUCUGAUCUGAGCCCUGGGCGUCCAGACUGCUGCCGCCGCCCCAGUCAGUGAGCAACGUGAGGCUACAGCCUGGGUUCAUUGGCAAAUCAGUGAGCAGCUUGAGGCUACGUCCUGGGCUCAUUGGCCAAUCCUGCUGCCACUCAUUUUGCCUUGAAGGUGGCACAUAAGAACUAGCAAAGACCCCCCCCCCCCCCCCCCUUCUCCAAACACACACAUGUACAAACAUAUUUGGGCUUUUUGAUACUUUAACCAAUGUGGCUUCUGAUACAACAAUAAUAGACCAAUAAAAUUAACCUUUUUUUUUUAUCCAAAAGCAACAAAAAACACAGAAACAUGGAAGAUGCCAGAUUGGUAUCAACAAGGAAAUGUAGAGUUAAUGUGGGAGAUAUGCUACAUUUUUGCUUUUUUUCCCAUUUUAUUUGCACAUUCACUUCCUAAAUGUUGCCUGUGCUUUUGUUUUAUAAAUGUAAGAAAAAAAACAUGAAAAUGUGUUGAAUUGUUUUUAGUGUUGUCUUUGAUUUUCUGCUUUUGUAACUUUUAGUUUUUUUCUGUGUGAGACAGUGAAACAGUGAUUUUGUAAUUUCUGUCAGAUUUUGUUUGUUUCAAGUUCUGUUGUCGUUCAUAUAAAGGAAUAUUGUUUUUGAAUGGAUGAAAAUGUAAAACAUGAAACAGAACUGUGGCUUGAAAGAAAGACUGUCACCUUUCCUCCUGUUUAACAGGGGGUUCUGUUGCAUAUUUUUGCGGAAAGAAAAUGUUGCAUCUACAUUGCACUGUUUUUUCGAUAAAUUUAAUACCCCACGAAGUGCACUAUUUACUGUUUUAUUAAUAAUUGUGAUUACUUCUUAUUAAUUAUCAUCACAAUGCGAUUUAUGAUGCUGUUACACCGAAAAAGAUUAUAGUGUUUAGAGAUGAAUAAUUGCAAAUAUAUAUUUUUAUUUGUUUGUUGUUUUGAGGUUGGAAAUUUUCAAGUGAAUUUGGAUGGGUGACUAGGGGGAAGUUGAGAGGGUGUUUAAAAUUAUGCUCUUUGUUUAAUUGAUUUUACUAUUUUGAAGCAGUGUAGUUUUGUUGUCAGAGCUUGUUUGUUGUCUGUUAUUUUGUCCUUUCUUUGACUGAUUUGCCUCUAGCAUCACAAUUGUUCACGUUUUCUUGCAUCUCCUAAACUUACCUUUCCUCUACUUACUUUACAGUUACUUGUUUGGUGGCUUCCUUCUAAUCCUGUGUCAAAACUUGUGACAGUAAAAAAAAUUACAAUGCAGAAUAAGAUAACACAUAGCUUGACUUUGAACAUCUUAACGUUAAAACACAUUAAGUGUAUCAUCUUUAUAAACUUGUGUUGCUGUUGAUGAUCAGUAGGGCAGGUUAUGAGUGUCGUCGUUCUGGCUGAGUUCUAAACCCAAAGCUAUCGAUGGAGCUUCCAAACUACUGCCGCCGUAGAGGAGCACUGUUCCAGUCACCGUUGCACCCUCACAUACACACACACCGGAUCCAAGCCCUUCACCUGAGGGAAAUGUUAUGUGAUCUGAGCAUGACCUUAAGUCAGUACAGCCUAAUUUAGUACUGAUGUUAACUGAUUUAUCUCAAGUUUAAAUGUUAUGCACACAUGGAGAAUAGCCUACAGUUUUAAUCCUGGCUAAAUUAACUUAAGCUCCACACACACACACACACACACACACACACACAGACAGCUUGAGGUGAUUAGUAUUACCCUAUGAGACUUGAGGUAGCACGCUUGGCUACAGUGCUAGGAGCUAAGUCAGUAACCCAGCUGCUAACUCUGCCACAGAGCCAGGUGACCAGGUGCUAUCGAGACUGAAGCCCUGUAAAGUGGGUCCAAACUAUGGCGCCACCUUCCUGUGGCUCAACAAAACAUUACAAAAUUUCCUUGAAAAUGAGAAUUUCUAAAUUCGUGCUGGCAAACAAAUGUACGACGAGCCGCACUUCUUGCUGUGGCACUGGUUAUCACAGAACUUUGAUGUUGUGAGCCAUUCUGUACUCAUCUGCGGCAACAUGCUAAAACGCUAGCUAGUUAGCUUGUGUGAAGUUAACAUCCUUGCAAAUGUGCCAUUAAGAUGCAAGCUAGUUAGCUUGUGUGAAGUUAACAUCUCUGCAUAUGGUGCCAUCAGGAUACUAGCUGGUUAGCUUGCUUAGAUGUAGCUGUGCUCUCAGCUACCCUCUGUAAUGAUGCAAUGGCAGGCAACAGGACAUCAGAGAUGUCUUAGCCCAGCACUCCCAAAGGGCCACCAGCUUCCUGCUUUACACUGGGAAAACCCUAUAGGAAGAUCAAUCAGUCACUGUGCAUGUAUAUAUUCACACACAUUUUCUCUGACACACACAAACACACAUACACACACACCUGCCUUAAUUCUAAUUCCAGUAAAUGCACUAUUUGGUUGAAGAGGUGCUUCAUUGCUGUCCUACUAGAUAUCAUGAGUUUUAUGUCAGAAGAUAUUUGUGUAGUAUUAUAUAAUGACCACAGUAACAAUUCAGUGUCCACUUCAGAGGGUUUGGUUGUUGUGUGUUGGUUUUAUGAACAAAUUGGGUGUUGUUUCAGUAUGAACUUCCUGUUCUCCUAUUGGUAGAGGACUGGUCUGGUUGAGGAAAGAACGAGAUAGAGAAGGGACUUCUUAAUAUGGCACUUAAAGAUAAUCAUAAUUUGUCUUAAAUAUGUCUCAUUUGUAGUCAUCGUCUCCUGAAGUUAGCCCCUUUUAUUUGGUGUCAAGCGUUUUGCAGAUUCACAGUCCUUUGCCAGCAUUUAACAUCCUAUGUAGUCACCUUAAUAUCUUGUGUUACACCUCCAGCUAUGCCUUCCUCCAAUAUAUAUGUCAUUUGUAUGUGUGGGUGGGGACAGGGGUGGGGGGUGUUGUCACGGUGAUAUGGUGGUCAGGAAAGGAUUGUUGUUCCCUUACCUUAAGCUGAUGAUAAUUCACAUUCUUUGUCUGGUGUGGGUAAAUAGAAGAAAAAAAAUGACCAAAAAAAAAAACAAGUAAAAAAAAAUGAAGCACAGCUUCUUUCAAUGAGUCUGUUGGUAUUUCGUAUUCCAAGUUCCUUUGUGUUCUGCUGUUGAUGACCGGUGUGGUUCAGCACUGUCCUCUGUGCAUCUCUAGUUUAGUGUAGAGGCCGAGGUCCAUACUCCUCACACGCCAUCAAAAUUUUCCUUUUCAGUAAGCUUCACAAGUAAAUACUAUAAACAGCAGUUUGCAUACAGUCUUCUUUCACUUUGAAAUCCGUCAUUUUGAAAAAUAAUAAUAGUAGUGUACACAUAUAUGUACUUUCAUAGUCACUCUUCUCAUAAUACAUUUUUACAGCAUAGUUUUUCUGUUUUAUUUUUGUUCUGUUUUAAUAGUAACCAUAACAGUAGUUGUACCAGUACCAGCGGGUGUGUAGGGACGUAGCUUCUGUCUUGUGUGGGGUUUUUGUGUCAGGUCUCCUUUCUGGUAUUUCAUUGUGCUCCGUCGUGAUUUUUUACUUCUCUCAGAUUCCUUCCUGUUUUGUUGAGGUGAUGCACACAGUGGACGUCUUCCUGGAUGUUUUUGACUGAUGUGGAUUUCUGUGUUACCGGCCGUUGGCUCCUUGUCAGUCAGUCCGCGUACAGAGAGGCAAGAGAGGAAGGUGCAGGAGAAACAGCCAUGAAAGAUACACUUCUCACUUCUGUCUUGGUAUGUCUCUUUAGUAUACUCUUGGCUUCCAGAUUUGCCUGAAACCAAAUCCACAGCAUGACGUAUACCACAGAUGUAUUAUGCCAUGUUUGAGUUGGAGUCAGUUUUCUGUCAGGGUGAGUGCCGUACAGACACAUACCACGGACGUAUAGCGCCAUGUUUGUCUGAGUUGGAGUUAGUUUUCUGUGAGUGGGUGAGUGUCGUAUAGUCAGUGAGGUCAAACACUGUUCUUUGCACCUGAGAUAGCUUGCCUUAAUGUUGUUGCGUGUGAUGGAUGUGGCUUGAGUACGCAAGUGUGGCUUGAGUAUGUUAGGUUCUUCUAAUUGGCCUUUCUUUAUAGCAGCAAUUGGCAACUCAUUGUCCGCUCACUGUCAGGCACUUUUGCAGCGUUCUGGAACUAAAGUUGGUGGGAGGGUGACCUAACCGUUCUUCUGAUGCCUUCAGUGAACCACUGUGACAUUAACCUGGACUCUUGUGCCAUCAUCAGACCAACCUGUCCGAUAGGGCCAUUCUUAAACUCCACAUACGAUUAGUUUUGUGACCAAAUGUGACAUUGUAGAAAUGCUGUGUCAUUGCGAGUGUUCCUGCAGUACUUCAUCUCAAAACUGUGACGUUACACCCAAGGAAAUUAUUUGGCCAUGCCCUGUAAUUCCAACUUUAUGCAACUUUCCAUGACAUCAUUUUUGAGGAGAGAAAAAUUGUUCAUAGUAGUAUUAACAAUCCCACAAUUCUGUGUGUCAUAACUGAAAGCUCUGGUUUAUCCAGUUCUUUUUCUUAUUAUAGAACAAUUAUAUGUAGAAGCAUAAAUAAUGAAUAGCAGACAGUGGAAUUUUAAAUACUGCAUGAGACCCAGACCUAGUCUGCAGACGCAAGUGCCUAUGAGAAGCACAGCUAUAUGCAGGACCCCUAGUGUCGUCCUUCUGUAGCGGCUCCACCCACACCCCACUCACACCGUUAGCAGAAAUACCGAGAGAGAAAAGCUGUUAGUAUUACCAGUAAUCUCCAGAGCCGGACUCGAGCACUGUCUGAUCUCUGAAUAAGACCGUUUGUGCCCUGACACCCAGGCCAGCUGACUCUGACACACCCCUGUGCUGAAUGACCAGUCUAGGGUUACUGGUCUUCAGUGAACAGUUUGGAGCAUACUGAUCCUGAUUGGCCAGUCUGGAGAGACCAGUUCAGAGUAUAUUUGUGCUGAUUGGCCAGUCUGCAGAGACCAGUUCAGAGCAUACUGGUGCUGAUUGGCCAGUCUGGAGAGACCAGUUCAGAGUAUACUGGUGCUGAUUGGCCAGUCUAGGGUGAAACAUUACUGGUGUUGAGUGACCAGUCUAGGGUGUAACGUUAUUGUUGUUGAGUGACCAGUUUAGGGUAUAACAUUAUUGUUGUUGAGUGGCCAGUUUAGGGUAUAACAUUAUUGUUGUUUGAGUGACCAGUCCGGGGUGUCCAGAGUCAGACGGUUGCUGGGUUUCCACUGCCAUUAAUUGACUUGCUUUUAACUUCAAGAACACUUUUAUAUUCAUCUAAAGAGUAGUGCAAGCAAUAAUGACCUAACUCACCAUAAUCAGCAAGCCCGGAAAAAAUCCAAUACUGUACAUUAACGGUGUGAGGUUCUUCACUUACUGUAAAUCUCACCUGAUCACAUGUAAACUAAUAUAAUAUCUCUGCCUGUCCUGACAUUUAAAUGACACCUCACCGACAUCUUUCAGAACUAUUCUCUUCUAAUUCAGAGUAUUACAUACAUACUGUUAAGCCUCUUAAUAUAAUCACUGAUAUGUUCAUAUGUAAUAAUUCACUGCUUGCAAUGUAGUAAUAUAACACAUUAAAGGCUACUAACACAACAUAAUCCAAAGACUAGACAGUUAAAAAAAAAAAAUACAUAUAUUUACUUCAUUACACAUCAUUAUGUUGUAUGAUAUUCUAUUUUACAGUUGUACAAUAAUAUAUAUUAUACAUACAUAUUUUACAGGCUACAGUCUAUACCGUAAAGCAGUGGUCAGCAUAUACAAGAAAAAAAUAUAAGGUUAUUAAUGCAAAUUUCACAUAACUGUGGUGUUUUUUUAUGAUUAUUUUAUUACUUUAUUUUGACAUUGUUUUAUUCAGAUGAGAGUCUGUUGAUCUGUUUCGCUCCAGCCACUUACAAACAAGACUAGUCCCAGCUGAACCCAUGUGACGCUGUGGAGGUUUUACAGGAACGUGUCAUUGUGUAGGUGUAUUAGAAUGGAAAUCGUAUCAGUUAAUUAGCAUCUGCAUUCAUGUUCCAUUGGCGGUCUCCGUAGCUCCAUCUAUGUCUGUUAUGCCCCUACUGUAGAUGUGGUUUGAGAGCCUGACAUUGAGAAGGCAUUGCACCACUGCUCAGGUCACUAGAGAAGAGUAAGUCAACUAACACAUACUGAUACCAAUUCAGUUUUGCACCCUGACCUUCUUAAUCACACUUGCCUAAACGUUUUAGUAGACAAUUUAUAGUACAAACAUUUUUGACAUACAAAAUCAUAGACCCAUACACACACACAUAUACACAGUAUUCUAGAAAACACUGAAGAAAAAUGCCAUUUUGUAAAUUAGAUUGUUUACACUCCUUAUUUCUAAAAAAUAAAUACUGCCAGCAGCAUUUAAAUUUAAAAAUCUAAAAAUAAAAAAAUAGGAAAUGUCUACUUUCUUAAACUACACUAACUUCCGCAACUUUGUAGUCAUACUGAAAAACAAAUACAAUGCAAAAAGUAACAUUUCCAGCAUUGAAAUCGCCAGCUUGAAUUUCACUGCCUGUAGUAUUGCUGAUUAGUGAUUACUGUUGUUGUUGCAACCAGCAAUAUUUUUGCAGCUUUAACUUGAAAGGCCGAAUAUUGGCAGAGACUUUAAAACGCUUGCAGAACCACAUUUUGAGGGACAGGACGUCCCUAAAGUAAAGAAGUUGUUGAGAGUACUGUUAAUUAUCAAUAUAAUUUCAGAAUAGCCACCCCGUAAUAUUACUAUUGUGUACAGUAAUCUGGCCUGUCUUUACUCUACAAAUGCUAGAGUAGAGUGAAGAUGUUUCUCACAUUGCUAGCACCUUGCUCUAAUGAAUGAGCCACAAUCGGAUGAAAUGCUGCAGUUCUGUUUUUAUUGUGUUUGUUGGGUUUUUCGUUUUCCCCUUUGUUUGAAAGAUGUCCUAUUUUGUCUACUAUUCUGACACUACUGUGAUGUGUUUUGCAAAACAUUAAAGUAGAAUGGAACAUUGUUUCCUGGGUUUUUGUACCUUCUUACUUAUUUUCCAUAGGCUGAACAGAUUGUGCCACUGUAGGCCUCUUGUGUCCACUGUAGAGCGUGGCUAGGCUAACGUGGCUAUGCUAGUUGUACCCUUCAGCAAAUAUGAUAUAAUAUCUGGGUACGUUUCCAAUGUAACGAAUGCUCACCUGUUUGCUUUCCACCAGCAGAUAGAUUGCUCUGUUGAUUUGCCAAAGGAAGUGAGAAACCUGACUCUUCUUUCUGUGUAAUUUGUUGUUGGGACAUUUGAUUUAAAAAAAAAGAAACUAAGAAAAUAGAAAGAAAAAUACAUGAUGCAGACAUUGGCUGUCCAGGUCAGAUUGAUAUUGUGUAACACCAAGAAUGUCAGAGUAUAAGGAAAGUUUGAAUGUAGACAAAUUGGUUUGUGCUGUGACUUCGGUUACAAACACUGGAAAUGAUUCUUGGGAGAGGUCAUACAAUGUUUUGUUUUGUUUUGUUUGCUGUUUGUUUUAUUUUUUGCAAAUGACCACAAGAACUGCUUUUGCACUUUGGUUGACCUGUAAAAGUGGUGCUGCCCCUUUGAGCUGUUGGUGUUUUCCGGAUUAGGCAAUACACAACCACAUACUUAACCCCCCCUUCUCUGUCUUUCAAAAAAUUGUGACGUGGCGUCCCAUGUAAGUCUUGGGAACCCGUGUGCUUUUUCAGCAGCCUACAUGAAGAGUUUGGCCUUUAAAUACCCCAUUUACUUAGUCGCUAUCUUUCGAAAUAGUUCAAUCUUUGUGUGACCAAAAGUAAUAAACUUUAUAUUUUUCCCAUAACCAUAUAAUUCAUAGAAAUAAAUAUUUUUUACAACAAGUGGUAAAAUUUUUGUCUUUUCCAACAGCUUUAGUUUACCCUUAAAAAUCUAACAAAAAUAAUCUGACAAAAUAGCUGACACACAAAAUGACUCAACAUUUUUUAUGUUUCCAAAAUUCCUUUAAAAAAUUUUAAAAAAGAAAUAAGAAAAAGAAAGAAAGAAAUUUAUACCCCUGGAUAAAUAUGUUGAAACCACUGUCUAAUGUGUCGUAUAAACCACUACAAGUUAAACAAAUCGACUUAAACACACUUUUAAUGGACAGCCUGUUGUGGCAACAUUGUCUCCAAAACAAAACACAAAAUAACAAAAAUUGAUAAACAAAGAACUGCCACUUUUAUGAACUAGACAAGAGAUUUGCACUAAAGAAAAAAAAAAUCUCCUGCCCAUAACCUGGUCUCAUUGAUUGGGCAAGGGGGAAAUAUCUUCCAUUUUUUUAUUAAAUAGCAAUAUAAAACCAAGAGAAAUGUCGGAACACAUUCAUCAACCACAUUCUGAAUAAAAGAAAGAAAUAAGUGUGCACUGAUGAUACUAUAUUACAUGUUUUCAUUUUGUGUGAAGGAACUGGUCUCUGAGGAGAAUGUUUUUUUUUUUUUUGUAUUUAUUUUUAUUGUUAUUUACUGUUAUUGGCCUUUUCUGAGUGUAAUAGAAGUAAAAUCAGUCUUUUCCUCGUCUCGAAAUGGUGGUUGUCUUUCUUUUCUUUUUUUUUGUUUAACUAAAAAAAACAAUCUCCCUUUGUAGGAUUGAUCCUUAAUGCCCAUGCUUAACACAGAUCCUUGCUUAACACAGAUCCUUGUGAUAUUAAGGGUUCCUUGUGCUGGCCUCAGCAUAUAGCUUAUGUGAAGUUUUUCCCCACGUGCUGGUAAUGUUCAUGCAGCAUACGUGGACAUACAGUAAUAGACAAUCCACUGAAUGUUGUUAUGGAAAAUAAUGGAAAAUGAAGUGACACAGUUGAGUUAAAUUUGAAAUAAGUAAACCAGCAGUUCUAGACAUGCCACUACAAAAAGUUCAUAUUUUACCAGUUUUCCUGCAGGAGUGUUUCCAAAGGGAGAUUGUAUAGAUCAACAGCCAAAUUCAUGUUCGAGUACCUUAAUCAGCAUGUUAUGGACAUAAUCGGCCUUUCUGUGCUAACUGUGUUUAUCAGGCCUGUGGGAAAGAUGUCAGGUGAGAAAGGGGGCGAAGACAAAUGUGAAAUGGUAAAAGUUUUUUCCAGAAGAUAGUAUUCAGCCUCCUGUGCUUACUUCUUAUGUUUCUAUCACCAGAGGUAUUUGUAGCUUGUGUUGUAUUGUUGGUAAUCCAUCAAUAGACUAUUUCUAAACUAUACGAAAAACUGCUGGAGUUAGUUUUGAGCGAAUAAAUAGCCCAGUAUCUGAAAUAAUGUGCAGUUUUAUUUUUACACCUUUAUAGAUGUUUGUGUUGGUUUUAUUUAAGAGGGGAAGACUAGCAACAUUCUUCAGAUUUUUCAGUUCUGAUUCCUCGGCACUUUUGUUGAUGUGACAGUGUGUUUUAUUUGUAUCAAGGGAUUUUUUUCCUUCCGCCGUUGUUUGUUUUUGUCUACGAAACAAAACAAAAAAAUAGAACACGUAAUAAAAUGAAUAAUGUUUCUCUUGCCAGCGUGUGGUGACUUUUUUAUAUCUAGAGAAUCAUUUCAAUGUGCCUUCUUCUCUUUUCUCUUUGUAACUCUUGGUGAAGCUAUUCGUAGUUAAGAUGCUAGCAUAUAUAUCUGUAAAAUUAAUGAGUACCAUGGAAAAAAACAUUUGGAAAACCAGCUUGAGAUCAAUGUUCUUUGCACUAUAUACCCCCCAAAUUGCUUUUAUCUGGUUGUUUUUUUUUUUUUGUAUCGUGAUGUGUAUUUAUAAACGGAAACAAAUAAAUGAAUCAAAUUAAAA